CCUCGGGCGCGGGAGGCGGCGGGAGCCGAGCCGCGGGGAGGCGCGCAACAGGUUUUCUCUGCGUCCCGGCGCCCAGCGCGGAGCCGGCGCUCGGGCACAGAGAGAGAGAGAGCAAGCUUCCAUCUACUGGUUCACUACUCAAAACAGCUGCAGGAGGCAGGUCUGGGCCAGCUUGAAGCCAAGAGACAGGAACUCCUUCUUGGCCUCCCACAUGGACGGCAGGCACCCAAGUACUUGGGCCGUCUUCUUCGGCUGCCUUCCCAGGCAAAAUGAAGGACCGGCUAGCCGAACUUCUGGAGCUGUCCAAGCAGUAUGACCAGCAGUUCCCAGACGGCGAGGAUGACCUUGACGGGCCCCGCCCGGACAUCGUGUUCGAGACAGACCACAUCCUAGAGUCCUUGUACCAAGAUAUCCAGGACAUUCAGGAGGAGAACCAGCUGCUGAUGGCCGACGUGCGGCGGCUGGGCAAGCAGAACGCCCGCUUCCUCACGUCCAUGCGGCGCCUCAGCAGCAUCAAGCGGGACACCAACUCCAUUGCCAAGGCCAUCAAGGCCCGCGGCGAGGGCAUCCACCGCAAGCUGCGCGCCUUGAAGGAGCUGAGCGAGGCGGCCGAGGCCCAGCACGGCGCGCACUCGGCCGUGGCGCGCAUCUCCAGCGCGCAGUACAGCGCCCUGGCGCGCGCCUUCCAGCAGGCCAUGCACGAGUACAACCAGGCCGAGAUGAAGCAGCGCGACAACUGCAAGAUCCGCAUCCAGCGCCAGCUGGAGAUCAUGGGCAAGGAGGUCUCGGGCGACCAGAUCGAGGACAUGUUCGAGCAAGGCAAGUGGGACGUGUUCUCAGAGAACCUGCUGGCCGACGUGAAGGGCGCGCGUGCGGCCCUCAACGAGAUCGAGAGCCGCCACCGCGAGCUGCUGCGGCUGGAGAGCCGCAUCCGCGACGUGCACGAGCUCUUCCUGCAGAUGGCGGUGCUGGUGGAGCAGCAGGCGGACACGCUGAACGUCAUCGAGUUCAACGUGCAGAAGACCGUCGACUACACCGGGCAGGCCAAGGCGCAGGUGCGCAAGGCCGUGCAGUACAAGAAGAAGAACCCCUGCCGGACCAUCUGCUGCUUCUGCUGCCCCUGCCUCAACUAGCGGGCGCCCUGUGCCACCGCCCGCGCCCUGCAGGGACCAAAGGGAAGCGGCGCCUUCUGCGCCGGGCGGGCGAGAGGUUCCCCACGCCCCGCAGACGCGAGGAUCAAGGGCUGCAACCCAGCUGGUGCCUGGAGAGACGGCUGAUCCCGUUAGACGGUUGCUCAGUGGGGGCUGAUCCUACUGAAGUUGUGCGCACAGCACCCUUAUCCUCUUAAUUAAAGCCGAACACGGAUCUGAGGGAUCUGACCUGGGCUGUGACUGGAGGUCUGUGUCCAAGGCCCUCCUCCUGAUGUCACUUUAGUGUUCCCAGGUGGAAUGCACUCAUUUCCAAAACUUUCCAUAUGCCUGUGCAACCGUUUUUGGAUAUUGUUCUGCUUUGAGUGAAAUCGAUCUUGGAAAGAAGCUAUGUCCUUCUUUUCUCGUCCGUUGAUUUCUGUGUACAUGUAGACCUUUCUGCUCACGCCUACUAUUUCCUUAUCUCUUUCACUUUUAAAGUCUCCACCAGAAUGUAUUUUGGAAUUACUUUUCCAGAUAUUUAAAGCACUGAGUAUGAAACAAGCUCUCAAAUUGAAGUUUGUUUCUAUCACAUUUUAUGUAUUUUUCACAGAUACGAAUUAUUUAAAGUUUAUCUUUUUACUUGAUUGCAUAUGCACUUAUUUGUAAAUGCAAAAUACUGAUAUUCACUAAAGUGUGUACAUAAUGAGAAUGAUUCAAUUUUGUAAAUAUAACAUAUAUAUCAAGAAAAACACUUUUUUCCUGGCUAUUGGUGUUGGUUUGCUUGUUUUGAGUUUAUUCACUCUGAUCUGCAUCUUCGUAGUCCAAACAGGGUCAAAACUUUAUUUUGAACAACUCUGCAUCAGUUUUGGUGGUAAAGAUAAGUCUUGAAAGCUGAAAUCACAUACAGAACUAGAGAUAAUAAAAGUGCUCUUGGAAAUACUACUUUUGUUUUACCAUGGACCAUUCCUUUCAUGCAUUAAAAUGGGAUACUUUAAAAGAAUCCUGUUUUUCAAGUAAGCUUAAAAACAUGACUUUACAAAUGUCCCUAUUAUAUAUUUGUGUCUGGAGCAUUUAAAUCUUAGUUUACUUUCACAAGUUUUUCAUUAAAUGUUUUUCCCACUAACUACUGAGACUGCAACACCUGGAUGGAGCUGAGUAUGGGGGUGGAGGGGCAGGAAAAAUGCAAAGAAUUCACAUGAGGGUGUUUUGCUUUCUCUCCUGAGUGACAAUAGUUUAGCAAAAUCAUCACACUUUAGAGAUUUGGUAUCACUUUAUAAUGCUCUAACGUGCUUUUAUGUUGUCUCCUGCUCCUCUUCAAAGUCAGCUCUUAACUCUUUCUAAAUAUGUGAGUGAAUUUGGUUAGCAGUCAUAUUUCUCAGGCCCUUCAGGAGGUGGAAUUUUAAGAAUAUGUGAACUCUUUGGAGCUCACUGCCUGACCUGCUUAUGACCAGGAAAAUCUAGCCCUGUACCUAAUUUUAAUGUCAUGGUUAAAUAUGAGAAUUGUGGAAAUACAAUCUCACCUGGCCCUUCUCGGAUUCCUCCUGAUUUCUUUCUCUGCUGACUCCAGGAAUACGUUUAACCUUUGACUUAAUUUCUUUCCCUAAGGUAGAGGGAAAAAGUCUUCACACAGCUGCAUUACCAUGUGUUUUUUUUUUUUUUUUUGUAAAGAAAAGUGGUAUUAUAAACAGAGAGCCAGCUGAAUGUGCACAAGAAAGAAUAAUUGAUAAUUCUGACUUGUUAAAAACCGUAAGGCAUGUUCUUUGCUUAGUAAAGAAACUCAUUUACUCUUAAAGUAAAUGAAUUUUCAGACUGAGUAAUAACUUAUUUGAAAGGCAUAGUGACAGAGAGGGAGAGAGAGGGAGGAAAAGAGAGAGAGAGAGAGAGCUCUUCAAGCUGCUGAUUCACUCCCCAAAUGCCAGAAACAGCCCAUGAGGGACCAGGCAGAAUCCAGGAGCCCAGUACUUUAUCUAGGUCUCCCACUUGGAUGGCAGGGGCCCAGACACUUGAGCCACUAACUGCUAUCUUCCAGGAUUCAUUAGCAGGAAGCUGGAUCAGAAGUGGAGUAGAGAGGACUACUGAUUCAGAAUACAGGCAUCCCAAGCAGUGACUUAACCCACGGUACUGUAAUGCCUACCCUGUGUGUAUUUUUUUAAAAGAUUUAUUUAUUUAUUUGAAAGUCAAAGUUACAUAGAGAGAGAAGGAGAGGCAGAGAGAGAGAGAGAGAGAGAGAGAGAGAGAGAGGUCUUCUAUCCGCUGGUUCACUCCCCAGAUGGCUGCAAUGGCCAGAGCUGCACCAAUCUUAAGCCAGGAGCAAGGAUCCGGGUCUCCCACGUGGGUGCAGGGUCCCAAGGACUUGGGCCAUCUUCUACUGCUAUCCCAGGCCAUAGCAGAGAGCUGGAUCGGAAGUGGAGCACCCGGGACUCCAACCAGAGCCCAUAUGGAAUGCUGGCACUUGCAGGCAGUGGCUUUACCCACUAUGCCACAGCGUCGGCCCCAUGUGUGUAUUUUUUUUUUUUUAAGAUUUUAUUUAUUUGAGAGGCAGAGUUACAGACAGAGAGAAGCAGAAAGGACUUCCAUCUGCUUGUUCACUCCCAAAAUAGCCACAAUGGCCAGAGCAGCACUGAUCCAAGGCCAGGAGCCAGGACCUCUGGGUCUCCCACAUGGGUGCAGGGGCCCAAGAACUUGGUCCAUCUUCUACUGCUUUCCCAGGCCACAGCAAAGAGCUGGAUCGGAAGAGGAGCAGCCAGGACACAAACUGAUACCUAUAUGGGAUGCCAGUGCCACAGGCAGAGGCUUAGCCCACUAUGCCACAGCGCUGGCCCUCUCUGUGUAUUUUUUUAAUGCCCCAAAUUUUACAUUAGAGAAUUCAGUAAAUUUACUGUACUAAGAGAAUGAGUGGUUGCCUAGGGAAACCAAGACUUUCUUCCUACUGCUCCUUUUCCAUCUGGUGGUAGCCUAGUAAUUAAGUGAAUAGAUUCUGAAGUCUGCUCCCUGGCUUUGAAUCCUGACUACCAUACUCUAGCGGAAUGAGAAAAAAAAAAAAAACCCUCUGUGCCUCAGUUUCUUCAUUUAUACAGUAGGGAAAAUAGUACUUAUAGAUUUGUUGUGACAAAUAAAUAGCUAAAUGUGAGACUACUGCAAAAAGUUUUUGAAAAGAUGGAAUUUAAAUUUUUUAAAAUGGUAUUAGAAGAUGUUUGUUUUGGUAUAUUUUUUUUUGAAAUCUAUACAUAGUAUUUUCAUAGCAUAUAUUGUCUGUGAGCAUUUUGAAGACUUCUGGUCUGGUGUGUAAAAGUUAACUGCCAUGUUCUCUCUUUGAGAGAGUGUUAGUGACCUGAGUAAAUGAAUAGUUAUUAAGUUUGAAGAAAAAAGUAAAGACUCAUUCUUCAGUUAAUAGUUUAAUAAAAUAGAACAAAGACACCAAGAUUCUAUCUUCUCUGGACAUUAAAGUUUUUUUUUUUUUACAGUGACAAAACUGCAUUCAUGAAGGUAUUUCUGUGCCUUUGUGUGUUCAAACAUGUCCUAAAGAAGAAAUGAGAUGUUCCAGCAAAAAGUCAUUGUUUGUUCUGCCCAAUUUGGCAAAUGCUUUCCUCUACUUAUGCCCAGGCUGUGAGUCAGAAAGUCCCAGAAGGAGUUCUGGGAAGUUGUUAAGGCCAGAUCAGCGAGUUAAAGGGGAGGACUCAGUUUGCAUAUCCCACACCCUGCCCUAGUGCCCAAAGUCUUCCUGGCUCCGACUGCCAUGCACAGUGGUCCUCCCUUUGAAAUGUGAAAUGUGGCUUUUCCCUUUGGAAAUGGAGCUCUGGGGCCACCAAGAUGUGUGGUGCUGGUGUUACCCCAGUCAUCUGAUGCACACGUGGCAGACUCCGACAGGUGACUCUGGGUAAGUCUGAGAAUGUAAAACACUAAUGCCGUUUGGUGUGUUCUGGCUUAGAUAAUGAUAACCCCACAUACCUGCUUUGAACUUCAAACCGAGAGCACCUGAGGAGCAGCAAGUGCAGGGAAGACUUCUCUCGAGUUUUCUUAUCUACACGUGGACCAGAUCUAACCUUCAACUCUUACCGAAAUUGCAUUAACCAAGGAAAAUUAAGCUCAUGUAUGAAAUGAAAGAACCAGUUACAAUAGAUCCUCCAGGGACUAAGAUGGACGUCUCUUAAAGCUCUUUUAACAAAAGCAAGGACUCCUUCCAACACCAAACGCCAAACCUUGCAGCCACAGCCAAGCCACAAAUUAUAGCUGGUGACAGCUUCAAGAACGUUGUGAAUAGGAAAGGUACUCACCAAGGAUGCAGCGGUGUCUGGAAUAAUAUGAAUUAGAAUAUUUUUAAAGAUGUAUUUAUUGGGGCCGGCACUGUGGCGUAGCGGGUAUAUCCGCCGCCUAUGGUGCCGGCAUCCCAUGUGGGCACUGGUUCAAGACCCGGCUGCUCCACUUCCGAUCCAGCUCUCUGCUAUGGUCUGGGAAAGCAGUGGAAGAUGACUCAAGUCCUUGGGCCCCUGCACCCACGUGGGAGACCUUUAAGAAGCUCCUGGCUCCUGGUUUUGGAUUGGCACAGCUCCAGCAGUUGCAGCCGAUUGGGGAGUGAAUCAGAGGAUGGAGGACCUCAUUCUCUCUCUCUUUUUCUCUGCAUCUCCUUCUCUCCCUGUGUA